AUCCUGAAGAUUAUCAGCCACCAAUAUGGAAAUCCUACUUGUACCAAUUACAACAAGAAGCGUCAAGACCAAAGAGGAUCACAUGUCCUCUGGAGAUGGAAAGCAGACCCAAAUACUAUGGUAGAGAGUUCCAUGGUCUGAUUUCCAGAGAGCGUGCAGAUGAACUGCUGGCGGGGACAGAAGGUGCUUAUCUCAUCAGAGAGAGCCAGAGACAACCAGGAACUUAUACACUUGCUUUGAGAUUUGGUGGCCAGACUCUGAAUUACCGACUGUUUUAUGAUGGAAAGCACUUUGUGGGAGAAAAACGUUUCGAGUCGGUUCAUGAUCUGGUUACAGACGGUCUCAUCACUCUCUAUAUUGAGACCAAGGCAGCAGAGUACAUUGCCAAGAUGACCACAAACCCCAUCUACCAGCACCUGGGCUAUACUUCUCUUCUGAGGGACAAAAUCACUCACCGACUCAACCGAACCCGCUCUGAGCCCAAAAAAGUGACUUUCCAACAGAAUGACAAGAUCCCCCCGCCACCACUGAGUAGACGCACUACACUCAAGGAUGGACCAGAGAAACACUGCAACUACGAGAAGAUUCACAACUUUAAGGUGCACACCUUCAGAGGGCCGCACUGGUGUGAAUACUGUGCUAACUUUAUGUGGGGUCUUAUCGCCCAGGGCGUCCGUUGUUCAGGUAACCCUCCACCAAUCACAAACUCUCCCACACAAAUAAACUGUCCAUCAGAAUUAUGGCACCAGCCAAGGAGCAUUAUUCAUAUCAAGUUACAAUCAAUAGCCGCUCAAGAUCCAGACGAUGCUGUCCUGAUAACAAUGCUCAGUUGCCUGUAGAAAUGUUUCAAUGUUAUGUGGAAACCUGAAGCUAAAUACUGAAAGUGAUACCU